CGGGAUGAUGCCGUCGGGUGCUGCCGAAGGUCCAAGAAGCGUCGUUAAGAGCUGCGAUGGAAGCUUGAGGCUGAUGCUGGCUUGCUGUGUGACUGCUGAUGUUGCUUGAUCUGAUGAGGAAGGGGUAUGAGGAAUGAUGGUUGGCGCUGCGAUGGUUGAAGGUGCUGCGGCCCCUGAGCUACCAUCACCCUGCUCAGAAGAAGAUCUUCCCCUUUGGCCUUCUUAUACUAUCAACCAGCAAUCAAUUAAUUGUUCUUAGAACACCCCUAGAGCAUCGAGUGAAAACGGCAUGUAUAUUGCUGCCCUUAUAUAGUAUGUCCAUGAUUGGAACCAUAGACUAGGCAUAUGAUUGCAACAUCAACAUUUAUGUCAAAUGUCAAAAUAAAAAUGUCAGAGCUGUCGAAAUGUCAGUUUGCUAAUGCUUUGUGGUGUCGUGUUUGUGUGGAUAAAUGUAUUUUAUAAUAAAUUUAAAUUAAAUUGAUAAUAGAAUGUUUUACGAUGGCCUCUGUAAAAGUGGCUGUAAGGGUUCGCCCAUUCAAUCAAAGAGAAAAGGAUAUGGGCGCCAAGUUGAUUGUUCAAAUGGAUGGAAAGAAGACGAGACUACAAACUGUAAAAAAUAGCAAAGAGCAAAAUGACCGAGAAAAGUAUAAAGACUUCACAUUCGACCAUUCAUAUUGGUCGUACGAUGCAGAGGACAAGCAGUAUGCUUCUCAGGAGCAGGUGUUCUCAGACCUGGGGCUGGACGUGAUCGACAGCGCGUUCGAGGGCUACAAUGCGUGCGUCUUCGCCUACGGACAGACCGGCAGCGGGAAGACCUUCACCAUGAUGGGCUCGCCGGACAAUCAGGGCCUAAUCCCGCGCAUCUGUCGGCAACUGUUCUCGCGCGUGGCGGCCGGCAAGGAGUCGGGCGCUUCCUACCGCACCGAGGUCAGCUACCUCGAGAUCUACAACGAGCGCGUCAAGGACCUGCUGGCCGAUGACGCGGGCCACUCGCUGCGUGUACGCGAGCACCCCAAGCUGGGGCCCUACGUGCAGGACCUCUCCAAGCAUCUGGUGUCCGACUACGAUGACAUUCAGGAAUGCAUGCAUCGCGGCAACCUGCAUCGCACGACGGCGUCGACGCAGAUGAACGACGUGUCGUCUCGCUCGCACGCCAUAUUCACCAUCACCUUCGUACAGGCCAGCUAUCUGCGCCACAACAAUAUGCCUAGUGAGACCGCCUCCAAGGUGCAUCUGGUGGAUUUAGCUGGGAGCGAGCGUGCGGAUGCAACUGGGGCAACGGGCCAGCGUCUGGUAGAGGGCGCUCACAUCAACAAGUCGCUGGUCACUCUCGGCUCCGUCAUCUCCGCGCUGGCCGAGUCCCCGCACCCUGCUGACAAAAGCGGACCUAAGGACAAGAAGCGUGUGUUCAUCCCGUACCGAGACUCGGUGCUCACGUGGCUGCUUAAGGAUUCGCUCGGGGGCAACUCUAAGACCAUCAUGAUUGCAGCUAUCUCGCCUGCGGACUGCAACUACGGCGAGACAUUGUCAACGUUGCGUUACGCCAAUCGCGCCAAGAACAUCAUCAACAAACCCACCAUCAACGAGGACCCCAACGUGAAGCUUAUACGAGAACUGCGAGAGGAGAUCGAGAAACUGCGAGCGCAGAUAUCGCACAAUACGGAUCCCAUCGAAACCGAGGCCGGUGUGCUGGCAACACUGCAAAGGAAAGAAGCUCAAGAGAAAGUUCUCACAGAGAAAUGGACGGAGAAGUGGCGCGAGACCCAACAGAUAUUGCAGGAACAGAAAGCUUUGGGGCUGCGCAAGAGUGGACUGGGAGUUGUUCUGGAUUCUGAUAUGCCGCAUCUGGUCGGAAUCGAUGAUAAUCUGCUGUCUACUGGAGUCACGUUGUACCAUCUUAAGGAGGGUGAGACAGUGAUAGGCAGUGAAGAAUACCGCCCCACCCCGGAUAUAGUACUCAGUGGGGCCGGCGUGCUGCCUCUACACGCCGUCGUCACUCUACAUCAGGGGGUGGCCACCCUGAAGCCUUAUACCGGAGCCCAGUGCUGGCUUAACACAGUGCUUAUAGACCAGCCCGCUAAACUCAGCCAGGGUUGCAUCUUGCUACUCGGUCGCACGAACAUGUUCCGCUACAACGAUCCCGCAGAGGCGGCGAAACUGCGCCAGGAGGGAAGUGCCUCCCUCAUGAAUCUGUCGCGUCUUUCUCUACUCUCCUGGUCCACUACCGACCUGGCAGCCAGUACGGAGAAUCUUAACAGCACGCCAUCCGAGCUAGAGAACGACGCCCGCACGGAGCGUAUAGAGGCGCAGCGCGUAGAACUAGAAAGGGAGCGGCAACAGUUCCUGCUGCAGCAGCAGGAGCGGCAGCGGCGCUGGCAGCAGGAGCGCGAGCAGCUGCUGCAGGCGCAGAAGCAGCUGGACCAGGAGCGCGAGGCGAUGGAACGCGAAUAUGCGGCUGCUUGUAGACGUCUAUCGGGCGAUUGGCGCGCGUUAGAACGAGGCUGGACGCACCGCAGACGGGCAUUGAGGACCAGACAACGGGAACUGAGAUCCAGGCAGCAAAGGUUGCGGGCUACCAGCACUGCCCAUACAAACCACGCGGAGGCGGAGGAAGAGCGGGCGUCCGCGCUCCGCGAUCAGGUGGACUCCAGGAAGGCGGCGCUCGAGGAAUACGUGCAGAAAACUUUGCGAGAGCUCGGCGAGAAGGGGAUACAGAGCUCCAGUGUAGACACAUCUUCGGACACCAGCACGGAGUGCUUGCUUCAACUGCUGCAGCAGUGCGAGCCCGAAACCGCGAAUGCUAUAAAAGAAACCGUUGAACGACAUAAACGCGAAGUGUCGGAGCUGGAGCAGGAGCUGCAGUGUCGCGCGUCGAUGGUGGCCUCGCACCGCGGCAAGGUGGAGAGACUGCAGGCCGAGCUGGCCCUCCUGCACACGCAGCAGCUGGGCCUCAGGCACGCGCUCGCCGCCGACCUCUCCGCGCGACCAGAGUGUGGCGAGUUUUCUCCCAUAGAGGGCGUGAAGCGUUCCAAGUCUGAGCUGGUGCUGAGACGCGCCCCGCGUGAGGAAGUGCUCGACCCGCUGUCAGCUGACGAGCGAGAUGACUACCAGGCCAAAAAGAUGAGCCUAAGUCUCAGCCUGGAUCCGCUCGCUUCACCAAACACAGCGAUCAACACUGAAGAGUUCCAUACUGCAUCAUGCAGCUCGCCGAAGCCUUUCCCCGGAUCAGAAGGGAUCGCUUCCCCCUCCACGGGGGCGGGGACAACCACCCUCCCCUCCCCCGAGGGGACGGCCGAGGAUCGCCCCGCCCCGCCUCCACCGGAUUUCCGCCUGGGGCCGGGCGAUGCGGACGACAGUGACAUAUCCAGUGCCGAUGACUGUAGACAGUCAAGAGUGGUAGAAGGUCAGUCGUCGAGUUCUGUGGAGCGAUCGCCCGAAGAGAGGCACCAGCGGGCCAAGUACAGACGCAAGAUAUCAUCGGAAGCGAAGGCGGGUCGUCGUCAGGUGACGGAAGCGGAAGCCUUACGAGCGAUGCAGCGGCUGUGCUCCAGGAUCGCAGCACAGAAGAUGCUCGUCAUCAGCUCCUUAGAGAACGACUGCUCCAAGGACGACCUCAACCGGCAGAUUGCGGUCCUCCAAGAGCUCCAAAAGAAAUACGUCCGUCUAGAAAUGGCGUUACAAUACUCGUUCUUCGACACGCAGCCCGCAGUCAGGCCCGUGAUGGUGACGCCCAUACAGGAGACUCCCUCCCUCACUCUGUCCGAGAGCGAUAUGCACGUGGCUACCGACGACACGACACCACAAACUCUCACCACUCAACCGUUAACCGACAACGGCAAGAGAGUGGACACGAAUGAGAACGGACACAUAUUUGACCCUCUCUUACACAGGUUGAAAGAGCAAGACAUGGAGGGUUCUGACAACGUGUCGACGUCUAACGACGAGCUACCCACUGACCGGGACGAACCCUGGCAUCCCUUAAGGGAACCCCUCGCCCAUGACCCUAGCUCGCCAGUACUGGCAGAUACCCAUAUCCUGCCGGAUCCUAGGAUAACGGCAGGCUUGUUGCAUCCUAUAGAUUUCAGUCAAGUGAUAAGCAUCCCCGGUUGGGUGACCCGCGGGGCCGGCGCCGGCACCCACCACGAGUACGAGGUGCGCGUGACUCUACCCGACGCGCGCUACCUGCUGCUGCGGCGCUACCGGCGCUUCCGAGACCUGUACCUGGCCAUGCGGCGCCUCUACCCGCCCGAGGUGGCGACGAUCCCGUUCCCGGCCCGCCAACUAUGGUCGUCAGAAGCGGUAGCGCGGGCCCGUCGUCCACAACUAGAAGCGUUUCUACGCAGAUUGUUAUCAACUUGCGCGGCCAAUUCGCGCUGUCCUCUACAUCGUGCGCCCCUCAACAAGGACACGCUGCAAGCGUUCUCGCCUUUCUUCCGGAAGGGCGUGUUCGAGAGCGGCAAGUGCGGCACGGGAUGAUGCCGCGUGGAGCUCGCCGCCGUCGCAGCGCUGCAGGCCGCCGCCGCGCGACUGCUGCACGCGCUCUACAGCGCUGCCAGCGCGCUCGGGGCCUGCCUCGCGCUGCUGCUGCUGCUGCUGCUGCUGCACGCCACGCGCCGCCCGCGCAGGUAGGGCAGACAGACAGGCGCGUGCGCACAGAAAAUACGCAGCGGCGAUACCUCGGGUGCCUUCACUAUACAAGUAACCACUACGCUACUUAAUUCAACGUUUUAUCUAUCUCUCUCUUUGUCUCUUGCUAUCUCACUAGUUUUUCAAACGGAGAGGUUAUCACAAGGAAUCUGUGUAUCACAAGGAACGACAGGUUGCGAACUUAUGUUUGCUUUACAAGAAAAAACUUCUAUGAAAAAGAUAAGGGGAGAGAGAGUGAAAUGAGGUAAAAAAACAAGCAGAAUAGAUGUGGUUACUCUUUUUUAAACGCUCAGAGUUAAUAUUUACUACCAGCACAUCUUCAAUUUCUACCUGAAGAAGCAGAUUUUACCGAUCUAGAGCUCAAAUGAAGGUGAAGAAAUUGUUUGUGGAACUAUUUUUAUAUAUAUUGAGUACGCUACGGCGGGAGACCUUGUACUGAGAAGAACCGGCAAGAAGCUCAGC